GAGCGCAUCGAUGCCUUGAAGCCACUCGGGCGGCUCCUUUCCGCGAUCGAUUCCCUCUCGCCCGGAGUCAGCUGUGGGAGUGGAGGGGCGGGUCGCGACCAUUUUUAAUGUAAUUUAUUUAUUUUUUGGAGAAGGAAGGAAGAAGGGGACCUGUGGCCACGCGUGGGAGGACGGGGACGAUCCCGACACUGAACAGUUCCAGUAACAACUACAUCAGUGCCAUUGUAAAAAUAUUUCCAGAUAUGUCCAAACAUGUAGAUAAAGCAUGUGGCCAAUACAAAAUGUCAGUUUGACACCAGUAGAAAUCCAAAAGGAGGUGAUCUUCAUCUUAAUAUGAUGCCAUGAAGGUGAUUAAAGCCCAGACAUUUUGACUGUAAACGGUUACUGAGAAGGUAUGGCUGUAUUCCUUUGAAAUAGCAGAUCACAAAUGGUGUGGAUUUUUAUCAUGAAUCGGAUGAACCCGCAAGGCAGUUCUCCCAGUCAGCGUAGACGAAUGGCUCUUGGAAUUGUCAUUCUUCUCCUGGUUGACAUUAUAUGGGUUGCUUCUUCUGAACUCACUUCAGUAAGGUAUGUUUUUUCUACGUAUAACAAGCCAUUCUUUAGCACAUUUGCGAAAACAUCAAUGUUUGUUCUUUACCUCCUGGGAUUUAUUGUUUGGAAACCAUGGAGGCAACAGUGUACACGUGGGCUUCGUGGCAGGCAUGCAGCUUUUUUUGCAGAUGCCGAAGGUUAUUUUGCUGCUUGUACAACUGAUAACUCUGUAAACAGUUCUUUGAGCGAACCUUUAUAUGUUCCUGUAAAGUUUAAUGACUUGCCAGCUGAAAAAAGUAGCAACACUAAUAGUGAUAAUGAAAAAACUUCCAAAAAGCCUCGGGUACGAUUCAGUAAUAUUAUGGAGAUUCGACAACUCCCAUCAAAUCAUGCAUUGGAAGCAAAGCUGUCUCGUAUGUCUUAUCCAACAGUAAAGGAGCAGGAUUCAAUAUUAAAAGCUGUAGGGAAGCUUACUGCGUCGCAAGUGGCCAAAAUCAGCUUUUUCUUCUGUUUUGUGUGGUUCUUGGCAAACUUCUCUUAUCAAGAAGCGCUUUCAGACACCCAAGUGGCCAUAGUUAAUAUUCUGUCUUCAACCUCUGGAUUAUUUACCUUAAUCCUAGCUGCAGUGUUUCCAAGUAACAGUGGAGACAGAUUUACACUUUCAAAACUGUUAGCUGUUGUUUUAAGCAUUGGAGGAGUUGUCCUUGUAAAUCUAUCCGGCUCUGAGAAGUCUGCUGGAAGAGAUACAAUAGGGUCCUUGUGGUCUCUUGUGGGAGCUAUGCUCUAUGCAAUCUACAUUGUUAUGAUAAAACGAAAAGUAGACAGAGAAGACAAGCUUGAUAUUCCAAUGUUUUUUGGUUUUGUAGGUUUGUUUAAUUUGCUGCUGCUGUGGCCAGGUUUCUUUCUACUACACUAUACUGGAUUUGAGGCCUUUGAAUUUCCCAGUAAAUUAGUCCUUAUGUGCAUUGUCAUCAAUGGCCUUGUUGGAACUGUUCUGUCCGAAUUCCUCUGGUUGUGGGGCUGCUUCCUUACCUCAUCACUGAUAGGCACACUUGCCCUGAGCCUUACAAUACCUCUGUCCAUAAUAGCUGACAUGUGUAUGCAAAAGGUCCAGUUUUCUUGGUUAUUUUUUGCUGGAGCAAUUCCUGUGUUUUUUUCAUUUUUCAUUGCAACGCUGUUAUGCCACUACAACAACUGGGAUCCAGUAAUGGUGGGAAUUAGAAGAGUUUUUGUAUUCAUCUGCCGAAAACAUCGCAUUCAGAGAACAUCUGAAGAAAAUGAACAAUGUGAAAGUCUUAUUGCAAUGCACAGUGUUUCUCAAGAAGAUGGAGAAAGUGGUUGUCCUUAGGCAGCAGCGCAUAAGAUGGAUUGAUAACUCAGCGAAGAGACAAUCUCCUGGAGAGUCCUUAUGGAAUAAUGUUUCAGUGCCUCUUCUGAAUCUUUAAAUGUUUCAGUUCUUUUGAAACUUAAAAUAUACUCUCACUUUCUCUAUUCCCAAUCUCAAAUCAGUUUUAUUAAAGAGCUUCAUUACUGCAGGAAAUUUCAGUCUCUUUACAAAGCCAGCCUGCCUUACAGAACUCAGCUGGUGAAAUUACUUGAUGCAAUCGAGAAAGUGAAUGCUGUUCUAGUGACAUUUUAAAGCUUUCCUAUUUUUGUUAAGUGCUGGAUAUUUUUACAAAUACUUUUCAAAAUCUGUAAAAAAGUGUGAUUCAUAAUUUUGUACAAACUUUAAAAUGAAAAUCUAAAAUGUACUAGUAACUUGUACAAAUCACCAUUGUAUGCUGUAUAGUCUUUAUUUGAAAAAUAACAAAAGAUAAGAAAAUUAUUUUAAUUUAUUGAAUAACUUCGUUAUUGUUGAAGUUAUUAUGGGUCCCUAAUAUUCCACAUUUUGAGAGACUAUAUGAGAGACCUUGUUAUUGUGUGGGUUGUCUGCUGCUUUAAAUACCCAUCAUGUUCUGAUAAAUUCAAGACUUUAAAGAAGUAGUAAUGUAAAAGAUAAAUAACAUCCUCUAAAGUAUAUUAGAAUCCAGUAACGGUUGAUGCGGACCAAAUUAUUUCAUGUUGGAAUUGAAAACAAAAUUAUGCUCUGGUGAAGACAGAGGAGGAAAAAAUUCUAAUCUUGCAUCAAUAGAAUGUGGGCUGAAUUAUAUGACAAGGAAGUUCUCUUAUUUAUUUUCCUUCUUAAUUCUUUUGAAAAACCACAAUAGAUUGAAUUGGGAAUGAGUGACUGGAGCUGCAUCGUCUCCCUUACCUUGUUUAUCUGCUCAGCACUGCCAUCUUCUUCCUACAGACUGUUCUUCUGAAGAGGAAAGUAUACAGGAUCGCACUUGUAGGUCACCUCUGGGGCCAAAGAGUUCAUCAUAUGCUGGGAUCUUUCGAGGCAGAAUUUUGCCUCUCAGCCAAAGCACCAUGUCUGCAUGAUAGUUGAGUUUUAUCACUGAAAGAUUUUUAAAUGUAGACUAUAGUAGGAUGGUUAAUUUUUGAACAGCGAGAGCAAAAAUCCUGCUACUCCUAAAUGAAUUUUUGCUCACACCUAAAGAAAAAUAAUGAAGGUGUCGGUUUGGAAACAGAAAAAAAACAUUAUACACAUGGAAUGCAUUCUGGGAUAGAAAAGGAUUUCCAAUCUCUAUAGAUAUAAAAUGCUGCUGAAGUAUGUCUUUAUAAUGUUUUUCCAAGUUCUGGUUGACUUGAUGGUGCCACAUAUAAAAAAACAAAUCCACAACAGCAAAAGAAUUUUGGCGUCACAACAACUGAUUUCCCAGUCAAGGAAAAAAUCUGUCUGGUAGCUUUCAGCAUAGAGAGAGCAGAAGAAAUGGCUGCUAAUCAUAUGGGCUCAAUACUAUAGUCAGCCCUCCACUUUGUGUGUUGACUUUUGCAGAUUUGAUUAUUCACAAAUUUGAUUAAGCUUUCUCUUUAGGUUCUGGGACUAAGGCUUCUGGGAGUUAGAGUCCCAAACAACUGGAGGGCCAUGGUUGUGCAGGCCUGAUCCAGAGAUUUCUAGAGAAUCCUCCAAUGGGAUUCUAUGGUAAGCUUCCACAAAAUUGCAUUGGAAGACCUAAAAAUUACAAGAGAGGUGUUUUACUAGGAAAAAAGAAAUCUUUAUUUGUGUGUGUUUUUUUCCUUUCACAUGAGUCUUGUGUUAACCCCAGUAAAUAUUAAAGGCGGGCUGUACUUCCAGGAUCAGAGAGAGCACAGUUCAGAAUACCAUUUGCGAGGAAAUAAUAGUGGUAGUGGACCAUUGACCGCUUGUCCUACCUGUGGACUUCCCAAAAGUAUUUAGUUAGUCCCUGUGGGAUGCUGAACUUGAUAGCACUUUGAUUUGGUGCUUCCUGUGCAAUAAAUCCAAAUGCAGACAAGGCCUUCCAAUUGUAGAGGUCACUACUGAAUCCAAUCCUUAGGCUGUGCUCUUAUGCAAACAUAUUUGGAAGUCAGCUCUGUUGAGGAAAAUGUAAAUUUCUAAAUCAACACAUACUCAAGAUGCACUGCAUGUUUAAAAUGUUGACACUAAAGCAGUGCUGUUCAGUCCACAAAAGCCUUUUAGAAUUGUUUCAUAUACAGAUAGACUUCAUGAGUUUAUUGUACUGGCCAAAGGCCAUGGCAGACAGAAUGGUUAAAUACGAUAAUUUUCUGAAUUUAACACCACUGGUUAAAAUUCAUUAGGAAUACAAAAGUAAUAUGCCUUGGAAAAUUAGAAACUAUGAAAUGAAUAUAUGGCUUGGCAUUAAUUAUAUUUUAAAAGGAAGUAACUAUUAUUUUGUGGGCUUCUACUAGUGAAAGGGGAACAGUUGUUUCAAUGACUGCCUCCAAGCUAUUUCUUUCACUGGUCCAAAGAAUCCACAACUCUCUUCACAAAGUUGGGAGGGAAAUAGUUAAAAUGGCCCUGCCCCACCUACUCCCAUUGGACAGCAUUUCUCACAAAGGAACAUCAAGUAGAACCCCUUUUGCAAGAGCUAGGGUGGGAAGAGUACAGCCCUAGAACUCCCCUUUGAACUGUAACUCUUAGAAUUCCUCAUGACUUACUCUGCUAUCUGGGACUGUUGGAAGAUGCAGUUGAACAAAUUCCUGAGUGCUACAUAGUUAAUUGCUCUGUACUAAGAGCAACUGCUUUUCUUUAUGCUGAAAAUGCCCAAACAGUAGAGUCUGAGUGCAAUAAGAUAGUGAAAACAAGAACAAAAGGCAACAAUUGUGUUAGUUCAGGAAUUGCCUUCUUUGGAUUUUUUUUGUCCCCUUCACAAAAUAAAGUGCUACUUAGAGUAAUAAUAUCCCGAGUUAUGACUGGCCAUAUUAGAAUGCUAUCAUAUGCAGACUUUAAAAAAAAUCUAUGAGUGGCUAUUGGCCAUCACAAUUAUCAUGCCAACUUCACUGGAGAAGUAAGUGAUUUCUGAUCUUCUGAUUAGAUUGAUUUAUGACUUAACCAUGGAUAAAAUUCUGACAUUGGCAGGAGCAAGGUUUUUCUUCAAUAAGUUGACUAAAUUGCUUUAGAAAGGGGAAUUUCCUUGAAAGAUUCUGAGCUUGGGCCCCACUGGAGGUUAAAGAAGAAGAAGCUGUUAACACAGCAGACAGAUGAAAGAGAAAGCAAUAAUAAUGAUUAGCUUCAUUAUUACUCUGCUCUUUGAUUGAGGGCAUCAGUCAAACUUGGUUAGUAAAAGGUGAUGGUUGAAUUGCAUUUUCAUAGCAACUGGAGCAGUAAUUUGGUGGUGUGUAUAGUAAUGUGCCUCCUGUGGCUUAUUUUCCUUUCAAGUAAGCAAGCUGUGGUCUUUGUUGAGGAGAAAAACGCUUUUCUAUUUUCAGCCACCCAAGGUACACAAAACACAGCACUCGGCUAAAAGUUGCCACCUGGCGAAGUUCAUAGGGUCUGUCUGCCAGAACAGAAACAAAUUAGUCCUUUCAUUUCCCUCUCACCCAUGUCUACCAAAGCGGAGGCUGAAAUAGAGGAGAAGGAUGCCCCUUGGUACAAUCAAUCAUAUUUUCAAUACUGAUGGAUGUACCAGGAAUCCAUUCUUAACUUUAUCUUAAUCUCAAACACCGUAAUUCCUUAAAUUUGGGUGUCCUAUAGGGGGAUUGAUUUUGAAAAAUACUUGAACCAAGUUAAAAACAUAUUUCAUUUUUUAUUUGGCUCAUUACUGGCCAACAGUACCAUUAAAUGAAGAAUGUUUCGACAAGCCUCUCUAGGUCUCAUUAUGAUUGGGAAAGUGCUCAGAAAGGUUAGCAUAGAAACAAAACAAUAGACGUUGCAAUUAUUUUCCUGACCAUUAUUAUUUAGCUGAGAUACAGACACAUUUAAAAAAUUCAACUUUAAAUGGAACAAAACAACAGACUUGGCCAUUAUUUUUCUGACCACUGUUUAAUAAGAUACAAACACAUUUAAAAAUUAAACUUUAAAUUGUGACUUUUUUCAAUGUACAUGUGAACGUAUGAAUUUCUGAACAUAUGCAAUAUAUACCAUGAAACCAACUGGAUAAAAUGUGAUGAGAUUUUUCUACAUUAAAUAUGGAUUUUUGAAAAAAAAA